AUGCUCAUCAAGCGUGGCAAAGCGGAAGGCUGGCUUCAACUUGAUACCGUUGCACUCCGAGCAUGGGCAGAAGCCAGUGGCAUUACAUUCACCAAUGCCUCGCCAUCCACUGUCCCCGGACGCGGAAUGGGUCUGCUGGCGGAUAGCGACUUGAAGGCUGAAUCUUCAUCUCCAACAGAGAUCCUGAGCGUCGACGAGGACCUUGUGCUGUCCGGUGAGGCUGUCAGACGACACGCAAAGUUUGAUAAGGACUUUCGAGAAGUCCUGGAGAGUCUUGGGGACUUUGGAAGAAGCAACCUGUUGGGUCAUGCGACGCCCAGAGGUGCCAUUCUCUCUUUCCUCCUAUUCCAAGCUUCUGUGUCCUGUCCCGAUCUCUCUGAGCCCGUCGGUGUGCAUUGUGCUUUUACAGACUACGUCAAAUCACUCCCAUGCGAACUUCUUCCUACAUUCUGGAGCCCAUCCGAACUCCAACUCUUGAUCGGCACCACACUCGCGCCUGCUGUUUCCGCCAAAUUAAAGUCUUUACACCGCGAAUAUGACCUUCUCUGCGAGUCCGCGGCGAAUACUCGGUGGUACAAAAUCGCCUCGCCGCACAUCUCCUUUGACGACUGGCUUCACGUGGACGCCAUGUUUCGCUCUCGAGCACUAGAUUUCUACGGGUCGUGCAUGAUUCCUGGCAUGGAUUUGGCCAGUCAUGCUGCCCACGAAAGAACCAACGCUUUUUAUGAUCGCGCGGACGGCAAGUAUCGUCUGUAUCUGAUGAAAGACAAAGCAUUGAGACAACGUGACGAAGUCUGCAUCACGUAUGGGGAUGAGAAAGGCGCUUGCGAAAUGCUUUUUUCCUACGGCUUUUUGGACGAACACAUGGACACGGCGGAAACUCUGUUCCUCAGCCUCAACAUCCCGGACGAUGAUGCUUCACGGACCGCCAAACUGAAGAUCGCCAAUUGUGCUCCUGGCUUCAAGCUGAUUGACGUCUGUUCUUCAUUCUCGAGCGACGAAGACAGUGCCACUUCCCCGCCCGAGGCCAAACGUUCUGCCUCUUCCUCCGGAUCCAUCGAUUGGACUGGCGACUUCAUAUAUCUCCUCUGCCUCACCCACGACGACGGCCUACAAUUUGAAUUGGCGCAACGGACUGAUGAUGUCGAGCCGGAACUGUGCGCUACGUUUAAUGACAACGAACUACCCGAUGGCGCUGCCUCUCUGCGUCGCUUGCUCGCUCAAAGUGAUCAAUGGGACGUGUAUCGAUUACGCGCAAUCGUCAUCUUACAGCAGCGAGUGUUUGAGCAAAUGCAAGUGUUGUAUAGCUCUCAAGACGCCAUGGAAGAUGUACCGCAUGGCGAGGCGACAGAUGUCAGAGAUUCUGUGUAUGAGCAGGCGAUGAAGUUGAGGCAACUGGAGUUUGAGCUUCUGGAAAGAGCCUAUGAGGAUUUUGAGAAGCAGAAGCUGGAGUUGGCAGAGUCGCCAGCUGUGAAGCGUUACCUCGAUGAGAUGAACAGCACUCCGAAGGGGGACGCUCAAAAUUCGCCAUUGGAGGACUUUUCUUGACCAAUCAUGGUGCAGAAAACAAGUGCCGAGCAGCUCUAUCCGAAAUGUAUACGAUAUAUGGCAAGAUAUGCCCUUCAUCUAGUCGCCAGGUGGCGAAAUGUCAGCAUAUCCUUCUGGAGUUGUGCCCACGAUUUGGCGACGUGCUAUGUUGGGACGCCAGAGGUGUGUUCGUCAUCGCUGAACAUGCUCUCUCAAAAUCUCGAAACAGCGGUACCUGAGCUGCAUGGGUAAGGUAGGAAUGACGGAUGGAAACAGAUCCGAUGCUUCGCGAACACAACGAGAGGUCCAACGUGAAGGAGUACAGUCCGAGACCACCACCAACGCCUAGACCCUACCAGGUUACCAAAGGAGAGGCUGACUUUGGAGGCGACCAGCU